AUGGCUUAUGACCGCUUCAUUGCCAUCUGCAGACCCCUGCACUACGGCACCAUCAUGGACAGCAGAGCUUGUGUCAAAAUGGCAGCAGCUGUCUGGGGCACUGGUUUUCUCUAUGCUCUUCUGCACACUGCUAACACAUUUUCAAUACCACUCUGCCAAGGCAACACAGUGGAGCAGUUCUUCUGUGAAAUCCCCCAGAUCCUCAAGCUCUCCUGCUCAGAAUCCUACCUCAGGGAAGUUGGGGUUCUUGUGGUUAGUGGCUGUUUAUUCUUUGGGUGUUUCGUUUUCAUUGUGCUGUCCUAUGUGCAGAUCUUCACUGCUGUGCUGAGGAUCCCCUCUGAGCAGGGUCGGCACAAAGCCUUUUCCAUGUGCCUCCCGCACCUGGCCACGGUCUCCCUGUUUGUCAGCAACUCAUUUUUUGCCUACCUGAAGCCCCCCUCCCUCUCCUCCCCAGCUCUGGAUCUGGUGGUGGCUGUUCUGUAUGCGGUGGUGCCUCCAGAGCAGGAGCUCCACCACCUCGUGGCCACUGCAAACAAGGCUGACACUGAUUGUCACAUCCCUGGACAGUUCUUCCUUGUUUGCAGGUUCCAGGUCCAGGAAAGUGUCAUCCUUGGUGACCUGCCUGGCUUAGCUGUACUAGGAAGUUGUCCUCCACACCCUCCAGAAUCCUCCUGUACUGUUUGCACCCUGCUGCAUUGCCCUCCCAAUGAAUGCCAGGGAGAUUAA